CCGCCGCCGCCGAGAGCGCCCAGCCGCCCCGCCGCCGCCAGCCAUGAAGACCCCCGGCGAGGUGCUGCGCGAGGGCGAGCUGGAGAAGCGCAGCGACAGCCUGUUCCAGCUGUGGAAGAAGAAGCGCGGCGUGCUGACCCCCGACCGCCUGAGCCUGUUCCCCGCGGGCCCGGGCGCGCGCCCCAAGGAGCUGCGCUUCCACUCCAUCCUCAAGGUGGACUGCGUGGAGCGCACGGGCAAGUACGUGUACUUCACCAUCGUCACCACCGACCGCAAGGAGAUCGACUUCCGCUGCGCGGGCGAGAGCUGCUGGAACGCGGCCAUCACGCUGGCGCUCAUCGACUUCCAGAACCGCCGCGCGCUGCAGGACUUCCGCAGCCGCCAGGAGCGGCCCGAGCCCGGGGCCCGCACGACGGCGCGCGCGCCCUGAGCCACGGAGCCGCGCAAGGACCCGCCGUGACACACGCGCCGCCGCCGCGCCGGCGCCCGGGACCCGGCAGUCCCGGGCGGGAGCACGGGCUGGACGCCCCCCACCCCCCACCCGCUGUCCCUCGCCCAGCGCGCCAGGACCUGCCGGGAGGACCUGUCCACGCCGACCUGCCCGCACCGAGCCACAGAGCCUCGCCCCGCUGUGCGGGCGCAAUAACUUAUUGGACUGUCUAUUUAUUUUGGUGAAUACGUCUCAUCAGACUUCGUCUUAAUAUUUUAUGUUUUUGCAUCAGUGUCCGGUUCCAUUAAACUAUUGGACUACUUUUCUAA